AUGUUUUCGGACUUCGAUGUUCCAAUCCAAGAUAUGAUCCAAGUCUGGACUACGUCGAUUGUCCUCCAGAGAACCGCACUGGUCAGCACUGUGAAAAGGAUUAACAAUCCAUGGGUGAUUCUGCAGUUGCCUAAUGUGUUCGAUUCUCGAAGUCCCAUCGUCAAGCCAAAGGCCAUCAUCGUAAUGUCUGUGCCAAUUGAAAAGGCGAGAGGUCGCGCUCCAGGAUUGGUUAUCUGCAUCCUCGCACUCUUGGGAUUGUCAAUACAGAGCAACAAACAUUCAAUUAGCUGCACCUUACUUUGGAAGAUUCGGAUAGCUAUAUCCGAGCGUGUCAAGCCCAUCUCUUUCAUUGUCGUAGAGCGUGAAACCAUCUCUGUCGACAAAACAUUGCGCAAUCCGAAAAACACCAGAUUCAAGCUUGAAUUGUUCGCUCGCUCGAAUCUUUUCGCCUGA